CAGAACGCUGACGAACAGAGGCUGGAGUCUGAGGAAAAACUGAUUCACUGCUGUCAGCCAUGGGGAUGGAUUACUAUGCUGUACUCCAGGUCAAUCGCAACUCGGAGGAUGCCCAGAUCAAGAAGGCGUACCGGAAACUUGCCCUGAAGAACCACCCAUUGAAGUCAAACGAGCCAUCUGCACCAGAGACAUUCAGGCAAAUAGCAGAAGCCUAUGAUGUGCUGAGCGACCCCGUGAAGAGAGGCAUCUAUGACAAGUUUGGCGAGGAAGGCCUGAAGGGUGGGAUUCCUCUGGAGUUUGGAUCUCAGACUCCAUGGACAACAGGCUACGUCUUCCAUGGCAACCCUGAAAAGGUGUUUCACGAGUUUUUUGGAGGAGACAACCCCUUCAGUGAAUUUUUUGAUGCAGAAGGAAAUGAUAUAGAUUUGAAUUUUGGGGGCUGCGGCCGAGGAGUCCAGAAACAAGACCCUCCAAUCGAACGAGACCUCUAUUUGUCCCUUGAGGACUUAUUCUUUGGCUGCACCAAAAAGAUUAAGAUCUCCCGAAGGGUGCUAAAUGAAGAUAAAUAUUCCUCAACCAUAAAGGACAAGAUUCUGACAAUCGAUGUGAGGCCUGGGUGGAGGCAGGGCACACGCAUCACCUUUGAGAAGGAAGGGGACCAGGGCCCCAACAUUAUCCCGGCUGAUAUUAUCUUCAUCGUAAAGGAGAAACUGCAUCCUCGCUUCCGCAGGGAGCUUGACAACCUCUUCUUUGUGUACCCCAUUCCUUUGGGUAAGGCUCUCACCUGCUGCACCGUGGAGGUGAAGACCCUAGAUGAUCGUCUGCUCAACAUCCCCAUCAAUGACAUCGUCCAUCCCAAGUACUUCAAGAUGGUGCCAGGUGAGGGUAUGCCACUGCCUGAGGAUCCUACCAAGAAGGGGGACCUCUUCAUUUUCUUUGACAUCCAAUUCCCCACCCGCCUCACACCACAGAAGAAGCAGAUGCUGCGCCAGGCAUUGCUGACCUAAUUCUGGGGCACCUGGACAGGAGCAGGGAUGGAGAGGGCUAGCUGGGCCUUACACACUCAACUCCCACAGUGAAGAUGGGGAAGUGUGAGACCUUAGGCCAAUAUAAUAAAGAUUCCUUUCCUAUCCUCUAUGACCUGAAGUGUGCUGGAGAGAAACUUCCUGCUUUGCCUUCCUUUGGACCCUGAAAAGCUAGGCACCUGGGGUACCAUUUGGCUUCCUAGGCAUGGACUAUUCCCUGAGGGUUUAGAACCUCUUGCUUACAUCUUGGUACAUGGGGCAGGGCUAUGUGACUGACCCUGUCAAAGGUCCCUCUGCUCUUGCCAUUUCACAACAUAUAUAUACAAAGGAACCUUCUAGGAACUGUGCUGCUUCGGGAAACAGGAAACAGGAAGCACAGAAAGACGGCAGUUGUACCUGUGCUCCGGUGUCUAUGGCUGAGCUGCCACCAGACCUUAGGCCAAUCUGUAUAGACUCACAAGCUUCAGUUAAAGUCACACCCAGGACACAAUGCCAGAAGAGCUCUGUCUGCCUCUGGCUCUGGUUCUGUGUCUAUGAGAUGGGUCUCAGGCUGCUUUUAGGCCAGUGUUCUGGGAGGCAUGGCACUUGGGCUCUGUCCAGGUCUGUCCCUGACUCUUGCAUUUGUUACUAACUUGCUUAGUAGAGCUUACACCCUGCCUACAGGUGUGAGAACUGGGUCUUUGGUGUGAAAGCUCUUGGUAGACUCAUGGUUAGAUUAUAGAGAGGGUAACUCCAGGUGGCCUGAAGGAGAUCCUGCUUCCGGGUGCAGCCAGGGUUGUGUGGCCCACACCAGUACCUUCAAAGUUGACAGGACUGUGUUUCUUUUCCAUGCUGGUAUUUGAGUUUAGGCUGUGAUGAGGUCUAGGCAACAAGCAGAUUCAAUGGCUUCCGAGAUGUGAGAAAAAACAAACAAACAAACAAAUUAUUCAUAUUGCUUAGAAUCCUGCCAUUCAAAGUGCCCUAUUAGCUUAAGGAUUUGUCCUUUUGACUUUUCAAAAAAAUUUCUUGCCGGGCGGUGGUGGCGCACGCCUUUAAUCCCAGCACUCGGGAGGCAGAGGCAGGUGGAUCUCUGUGAGUUCAAGACCAGCCUGGUCUACAAGAGCUAGUUCCAGGACAGGCUCCAAAACCACAGAGAAACCCUGUCUCGAAAAACCAAAAAAAAAAAACCCCUGAUCUCCCGCCUCAGCAUUCCACACACUGGAUUAUAGGCAUGUGCCACCAUGACCAACUGAAAGAUUUUUUUUGUUGUUGUUGUUCAUUGUUAAAAAUGGGUGUUCAGCUCUUGGCAAGCAUUUUGUUUUUGAAUAUGUUCAAUCUUGUCCCUGCCGGCCCCAAACCCCUGAGCUUGUUAUCCUACUGCCUGCAGUCACCUCUGAUUCUUUUGUUUUUCAAGACAAGGUUUCUCUGUGUAUCUUUGGGGCCUGUCCUGGAACUCAUUCUGUAGACCAGGCUGGCCUUGAACUCAGAGAUCCACCUGCCUCUGCCUCCCCAGUGCUGGGAUUAAAGGUGUGCACCAUCGCCACCUGGCUACAGCCAUCUUUAAAACACCAUGAAGGCAGCGGCAGUUAAAUCUUGAAAUAGGGGUUAAGGGUGGUGGCACACGCCUUUAAUCCUAGAAUUUAGGAGGCAGAGGCAAGUGGAUCUCUGAGUUUAAGGCUAGCAUGAUCUACAGAGCGAGUUCCAGGACAGACAGGAUUUCUGUAUAAACAGAGAAACCUAUCUCAAAAAGCAAGCAAUAACAAAAAAAUGAGACCUUGAGACAAAGGCUCUGGGACUGGGGCUCCAGGAAGCAUCUCAGUAUAACAGUCAAACGUGGGCCUUAGGUCAGAUACCAGGACAGGGCAGGUCACUUCACUUCUCUGGGUCCUUUUUGUUGUUGCUUUGUUUUUCAACAUAGGGUUUCAUAGUGUAACCCUGGCCGUCCUGGAACUCACUCUGUAGGCCAGACUGGCCAUGAACUCAUAGAGAUCCUCCUGCCUCUGCCUCCCAAAUGCUGGGAUAAAAGGCAUGUGCCAUCACCACC